AUGUUUUACCCAAUUAAAAACACACAAGGUAGCAAUAUUCCAGGCCCUCAAUUAAGAUCUCUUGAUGGGCAGUGUCUCGAUAAAUUUCUUCGAGGACGCGAAGCUAGUCAGGAAUGGAGUCAAUACGGACCAGUCUACCGCAUCUGGUCAGGUUUUGUCCCCGAAGUCGUUAUUACGAGACCUGAGGACGUCAAAGCCUUUCACAGUGACUCGUUCACUCAUAGGAAAUCAAAGUCUAGCAACGGUGGCUGGCUAUUCCAUGAGCUUCUCGGGGACUGUAUGGGUCUCAUUAACGGGGAACGAUGGAAACAAGUUCGGUCUCACUUUGAACCUCAAUUUACUCAUCGCACCGUGGCAUCCAUCUCUCGUUAUUCAGAGCUCGCCGCAGCUGGGUAUUUGCAGGGCUUUGACACAAAGCGUGCUGAGCCUCUUCAGCUGCACGCUGCCAGUGAAUUUUCGCGCUUUCCAUUUAUGACUACCGCAGAAUAUCUAUAUGGGCCCUUGACUAAAGAUCAAAAGGCGGAGCUGUGGCGUCUGGGUCAAGAAAGUCUUUCUCUCAUGGGAAAUGUCAUUUCAGGUGGAGUAUAUCGCUUCAGGCUAUGUCAAUGGGCGAGGCCACAGUCGUUCCGCCGACUCCGGCGCUUUCAGACCGAAUGGCGAAUCUUCAAUGAAAAGAUCAUGAAGUUCCCAGGACUUAUGAAUAAUAAUCUACCGCCUGCUUUCGAAGCUUGGAAUGGGGUGAAAAAUGGCCGUAUUUCGACAGACGAGGUAGCAUCAUUCAUUUUAGUAUGCCUUCACAGCUUCUGA